GCCAACGUGGACCCUCACCAGUACGGUGGAGGGAGUACUGCUUGGGGGAGAAGGACGACUCACUCAGAUCGCACUGAACGAUUUCCUCCGUAAUACAUUGGGCGGCAGGGGAGUCGUGGAGGCCAACGAGAAUGUCCCUCUUGAGAGUUUUGUUGCGCAACCCGAGGCAUUUAUAGCAAAUGAGGAUGAUCUGCGCCUGAUACUGGCGUCGCCGUCCUACACGGCCAUAAAGGAAGCAAUUGAAGAUGCACGCAGGCUCGUGGAGCACGAGGUGGACGCUCUUCAGCGCUGGAUGAAAUUUGCGCAGAAGAAUAUUGUUUCUCCUGUUGGACGGACGAAGCUCGAUGCAGCCCUUGCAGCGGCGGUGGAGGAGGAAACGAGGCAGAGGCGGGAAGAGUUGGAGAAACUGCCUUGGGAAGAGAGGGUGUACCGGUCGGUGCACGAGGCGAAGUGGGGCUACGUGGAGUCGGGCCACGCGGCGGAGCCGCUGGGGAUGAGGGUGGUGGAGGCCAACUCCAGCGAGCCGCACGCAGCGUGGAGUGCGGGUGAGGUGAAUGUCAUACCUCAUCCAGGUGAUAUCGACGCGAUCGCGAAGAUUGAGGAGGAAGAGGAUGAGGAAGAGGCCAGUGGUGUGCGGCUGGAGUUUCUGGUGCUCACCUCCGAGAAAGGGUGGCCGUACGGAGGGUUUGGAGAGGCUUUCAAGGACGUGUUUGUGCGCAAGGAGGUGGUGCGUGUGUGGAACGUCCUCAAACAGGAUAUCGACGGCUGGCCCACCGCUGCUGGCAGCAUUUUCUUGAGGCGGCCGUACGUUGUGGUUGGAACGCCCGGCAUUGGCAAUUCGCUGGCGGUGGGGUCCUUCGUGCUGCACCAGCUCCUACACUACGACGGUGGGAAGGUCCCUUUGGUGGCCUACUUUGUGGACGGGUUAAUGUACCUUUUUCACAAAACAGGAGAACAGGCAGGGACCGUGGUGCAAUACACAAACACUGAUCAAGGUGCGUUGGUCGUCCAGACGUUGGCUGGAAGGCAUGUUGCGGGUUACUACAUUUUUGAUGUGACUAAGGGACGUUGUCCUCCACAUAGGCUGCCCAAAGAGUAUUGGGGUGGAAUUGUGUUGACGUCGCCUGAUAAAAGCAACUAUGAGGAGUGGAAGAAACAACGGGGCGCAUUGGAUAUUUAUGUCAACUGCUACACUCCACGAGAGAUGAAGGCGUUCUACGCGUGGCAGAAGCGCAACUCGCGCAUAAGCGAGGAACGAAGAAACACGAUGGUUGAGGAUUGGAAGACGAUGAAGCAACGCAUUGAUAUGGUUGGAUCGCUCCCUCGCUAUGUCUUCGAUGAGGGGGCCUUUAAGGCACGGUGGGAGGCAAUUGAGGCUGUGCUGUCCGGUAGGUCCGACGCAGCCUGGAAGCGCUUCGCGAAACUUUUGUUCGGCAAGGCUGAGUGGCGCCAGGACGGAACAACGCACAAACUGAUCAAGCUUGUGCGUGUGUUGGUGGUGGAGAGGGACGAAAAUGCAGAGUGGGGCGAUGAAAGUGAGUCCGAAGAGGAAGAGGAGUCAGGGGAGGAGGAAGAGGAAGAGGACGAGGAAGAGGAUGAGGAAGAGGAUGUGGUGGUGGAAAGCUCCAGCAAUUAUCCCGUUUCACGCGAGGUCGAAAAAACUUUGCGGCGAAUGGUGAUAACUGAGAACUUGCAGAUGUCAGCUUUGCUGUCCGCCCUGGGAACGUGCUGUUUUGGUGCCGCUGCCGAUCUUGAGCGCUUGGGCUGCUUGGCGUUUCUGAUCGGCGGCGUCGUCGAGGCAGUUGCCCGCAAGACGAAGUACAUUCCCCGCACUGCGGGGGGAGAACCGCGGGGCAGCGUGCUGGCGGACGGACACGCACGAGGACGCUUUCCAAGCAGGCCCUGCUUGCUCGAGUACACGACGGAAGGGGCUCGGAACACUGUAAUACAGAAGGUUGACCUUGAAACCGGUGUUCUGUAUAUCCCCGACACACGCCCUUUCCCCGUGCUGGGCGCGUUUUACGUGGCCGAGGUGCAG